CCCUGCGAUACACCACCAUGGCGCACCAACAACUUUCUUCGCAACCCGCCAUCGUAGGUACCGAUGAACAUGACCAGGAGCCCAUUGAUGAACUAAUUGCUUCGCUUCCCAUAACCAAAGGCUUGGUUCAUCCGGCCCAUCGCCUUUACCAAAACUUUUGGUGCCCGAUCACCGUGCUUCCCAACGUGAUCGCCUUCCGACAGCACUUCAAAGCAAAAGACAAGGACAUUGUCCUAGUCUCUCAGCCCAAAUCGGGAACCACCUGGCUAAAGGCCUUAGCGUUCUCCAUCAUUAAUCGCUCCCACUUCAACAUCUCCAACACGCCUUUGCUCACUUCUAACCCCCAUGAAGCCGUUCCUUUCAUCGAGCUUAAGCUGUGGCCCGACCUUGAUGGCCUAGCAGACCCGAGGCUCUUUGCGACACACAUCCCUUACCCAUCCUUGCCGGAGAGCGUCAAGCAGUCGGAUUGCUAAAUCAUUUACAUCUGUCGAAACCCAUUGGACACCGUGGUUUCCUCUUGGCACUUCUUGCUUGAGAUGGCGCGGUCAGAGGACCAGCCAGAUUGGUCCUUGAAAGAGCACUUCGAGACCUUUUGCCAAGGGCAAGUCUUGUUCGGGCCCUUUUGGGAUCACAUCACGGGUUACUGGAAAGAGAGCUUGGAGAGGCCACGCAAGGUGUUCUUCCUCAAGUAUGAGGACUUGAAGGAAGAUGUCGAAGGACAGCUGAAGAAGGUGGCCGAGUUUGUGGGGCUUCCCUUCACCGAGGAGGAAGAAGAGGGAGGUGUGAUAGAAGAGAUAGCUAACUUGUGUAGCUUGAAGACCCUGAAGGACCUGGAGGUCAAUAAAUCCGGCAAAUUACUGGGCGGAAUCAUUGAGAAGAGAAGCUUUUUUAGGAAAGGGGAGGUGGGUGAUUGGGUCAACCAUCUCACUCCUUCCAUGGUGGAUCGCCUCAAUAGCAUCAUCCAAGAAAAGAUGAGGCCCUUCGGGUUGGAAUUCAAAAUGUGUUGAGCGUUAAAUCCAUUCACUUUCUCCAUGUGUGUCAUUAGAAAUAAGUGAAAUUAAUAAUGGAAGGAUCCACAGUCCUCCUUAUUGGUGCAAUGCAGAGAACUCAAGAAUCCUCGACUUCUCUGAUAUUGUAAACUACUACUAUCCUAUGCUAGUCACAUGUGUUGUCUACGUGUUUAGUCAA